CGGCCCGCAAGGAUUUGAAACCGUUUGGCGGCGGCGGCGGGCGAUCCGAAAACUUGCAUACUGAAUUAUGGAAAUGAACAGUGAAGAAGAACAGUGGGAGAAACUGGAUGCAGAAUUUGAUCACUUUGUGGUAGAUAUGAAGCCCUUUGUUUUAAAAUUACCCCAUAGACCAGAACGGCAGAGGUGUGCGCUUUGGAUUAGAAAGCUAUGUGAGCCUUCAGGAACAGGUGCGGGAAUAAUGGGCAGGAAGAAUCGGAACCUGUAUGCAAAACUGUUACUGCAUAUGCUUAAGCGAGGAGUGAUUGAAGGCCCUUUCCUACACCGACCGGAACCAGGGACACUAAAAACUUUACCUUCAUAUAUGUCCAUCUAUUUUGAUGAACCAAAUUCAGCACAAGCAAAAAAUUCAAGCCCAGAAGGAUUACCGGACUGGGUCAUGGGUGAGCUGGGGACGAGUGACCACAAGUUAAACGAAUCAUGGAAGCUUUCUUCUGGAGACAGUCUCUCCCCGGUGCAGUCGCCAGCCGACGCCCACAGGGAACAGUACACUGCCAAGCUCCGAAGGGGAUCACGUUCGAUGAGCCCAACCUACGGAGAAGAUGGACAAAAUACUAACCCAAAGAGUUGUGAAGUUCAUUUGAAAAAACCUGCUAUUUCUUUGGAUGACAGCGACAUCGAAGCUCGUCUUAAUAGUUGGAAUCUUGGGGUAACACUCCUGUUUAUUGAAAAGACUGUUCUUUUCCAGCUGCACUGCAGUGUUAUUUGUCUCAUAAAUCAGAUAGAAAAUCCUCGGUACCUGAGACAGAAGCCUAUCCCAGUUUCUCUGCAGAUGCCACCCAAAUUCAGCCUGAGAAAAUCCAGCAGUCUCCAUGAGGAUCAUUUACUCUCUCGAAUGCAUGAGAAAGAGUUGGACAUGAGAACCAAAAUGAUAGAAGCUAAAUGUCAUGAAGAGAAGCUUAAACUUCAACAAAAACAUGAUGCUGAUGUUCAGAAGAUUUUAGAAAGAAAGAACAGUGAAAUAGAAGAAUUGAAAACUUUAUACAAAAAGAAACAAAAUGAAACAGAGGAAACUAUUAGAAAACUUGAAAAUAAAGUUCAGACCCUUAUACGUGACUGUCAAGUUAUCAGAGAGACUAAAGAAAACCAGAUUGCAGAGCUUAAGAAGAUAUGUGAGCAAAGUGCAGAGUUUCUGAAUAACGACUGGGAAAGAAAGCUCCACAAUGCCGUCGCCGAGAUGGAGAAGGAGAAGUUUGAACUUCAGAAGCAGCACACUGAGAACAUUCAGGACUUGCUGGAGGACACGAACACCCGUCUGAACAAGAUGGAGGGUGACUACAUGGCACAGACCCAGUGCACAAACCAGAUGGUCAAAGAACUGGAGGCCCGUGUCCAGCAGCUGACUGGAGAAGCAGAGAACAGUAAUUUACAGAAGCAGAAAUUAAUUCAAGAAAAAUUGGAACUUGAGAGAUGUUACCAGAUAACAUGUAGUGAGUUACAAGAAGUAAAGGCAAGGCGCAAUACCCUGCAUAAAGAGAAAGAUCACCUUAUAAAUGAUUAUGAGCAAAACAUGAAACUAUUACAAACCAAACAUGAUGCUGAUAUGAACCUUCUGAAAAAGGAACAUGCCCUUUCAGCUUCUAAGACAUCUGGUAUGAUUAAAGAACUAGAACAGAAUAUCUGUCAACUAAAACAGCGGUUACAGGAUUCAGAACUUCAAAGAAAGCAACAACUAAAGGAUCAAGAAAAUAAGUUUCAAAUGGAGAAAAGUAAUUUAAAACGCACCUAUGAGAAAAAGGUUCAUGACUUGCAGAGUGAGCUUGAUAAAGAAAAGGAAGAUACUCAAAAGAAAAUCCAUAAAUUUGAGGAAGCUUUGAAGGAGAAAGAGGAGCAGCUAACUCGUGUGACUGACUUGCAGAGGUUGCAGGCCCAGCAGGCAGAUGCGGCCUUGGAGGAGUUUAAGCGGCAGGUGGAACUGAACUCGGAGAAAGUCUACGCCGAGAUGAAAGAGCAGAUGGAAAAAGUGGAAGCAGAUCUAACUAGAUCCAAGUCUCUUCGCGAGAAACAAUCAAAGGAGUUUCUGUGGCAGAUGGAGGAUGUCAAGCGACGCUACGAACAGCAGAUAGUAGAGCUGAAGCUGGAGCAUGAACAGGAGAAGACGCACCUAUUACAGCAGCAUAACGCAGAGAAGGAUAGCCUAGUCCGAGACCAUGAACGGGAAAUUGAAAACCUGGAAAAACAGCUUCGCGCUGCCAAUAUGGAGCACGAAAAUCAAAUCCAAGAGUUCCAGAAACGAGAUUCACAGGUUAUUGCUGACAUGGAGGCCCAAGUGCACAAGCUGAGAGAAGAGCUGAUCAGUGUGAACUCGCAGCGGAAGCAGCAGCUGGUGGAGCUCGGCCUUCUCCGGGAGGAGGAGAAGCAGAGGGCUGUGAGGGACCACGAGGCUGCUGUCAGCAAGCUCAAGGCCGAGUCCGAGAAGAUGAAGAUAGAGCUGAAAAAGACUCACGCAGCCGAGACCGAGAUGACGCUGGAGAAGGCCAACAGCAGACUGAAGCAGAUCGAAAAGGAGUACACUCAGAAGCUUGCCAAGUCUUCUCAGACCAUCGCGGAGCUGCAGACAGCCAUCUCCUCCCUGAAGGAAGAGAGCAGCCGGCAGCAGCUCGCCGCAGAACGGCGGCUGCAGGACGUUACACAGAAGUUUGAAGAUGAGAAGAAGCAGCUGAUUAGAGAUAAUGACCGAGCAAUCAAGGCUUUGCACAGUGAGCUGGAAAACCGUGCGAACCAAGUGCGAUGUGCAGAGAAGAAACUGCAGCACAAGGAACUGGAGGCACAGGAGCAGAUAACUUACAUACGACAAGAAUAUGAAACAAAAUUCAAAGGGUUGAUGCCAGUGUCUCUAAGACAAGAACUUGAAGACACCAUUUCCUCCCUGAAGUCACAGGUUAACUUUCUGCAAAAGAGAGCAUCCAUCCUUCAAGAAGAACUGGCCACAUACCAAGGCAGGAGGUAACUGAGGACUUACCCGAGCAACACAGAACAUAGAUGGAGUCCGUGUCUGGACGGUGGACUUCUAGCAGGUUUGAAGAGUUGGAUAGUGUAACGUGAACUGUGAGAUCAGUGGCAUUUUUUAAUACUUAAGUAUAAUUAAGAUCAUAAAAACAUGCAUCACUCAAUCACUAACGGGUUGGUUUUAUUUGUGUCUGCCUAAGUUAUUUUUUUAACAUAUCUUUAUUUUUGAUUUCCAUAUUUGUGUGUGUUUGAGUGUGUACUGAGAAUUGCUUGUAUUGGGAAAAGAAAUGAUUUUCUAUAAUUUUCCUGGUUAAUGCUUUUGCCUAGGAUUUUAUCAGUUGUGUAUGAUCAAAAUCAGGUUUUGUAG